AUGGUGAAAAGGAGAAUAGAAGUAGAGGAAGAAACUGUUAUAUACCUUUUGAAGAAAUGCUUCUGCAUGAAAGAUUUGAAGCAAAUUCAUGCCCGUGUGAUCCAACUUGGCUUUGAGCAGAACGUCUUUGUUGUAGGCAAGGUCAUUGUGUUCUGUGCUGUUGCAGAGCAUGGAGACGUGAACUAUGCUGUUUCGGUUUUCCAAAAGGUUGAAAACCCAGAUGCUUUUAUAUGGAAUACAAUGAUUAGGGGUUUUGGCAAAGCUACUGACCCUCGAAGAGCGUUUGAUUUCUAUAAGAGAAUGCAAGAGAGAGGUUUGGUAGCAGACAAUUUCACUUUCUCGUUCUUGCUUAAGGUUUGUGGGCAGUUAGGAUCGGUUUUGUUGGGGAGACAAAUGCAUUGUAGUGCAUUAAAACACGGGCUUGAUUCACAUGUCUUUGUUAGGAACACUCUUGUUCAUAUGUAUGGCGUGUUUAAGGAUAUUGAAAGAUCCCGCCAACUGUUUGAAGAAAUUCCCAGCCCAGAAUUAGUGUCAUGGAAUAUUAUGAUUGAUUGUCAUGUCUCUUGUGGUAAGUUCAAAGAAGCACUUGAUAUGUUUUCCAGGAUGUUGAAAUUCGGUAUAGACCCUGAUGAGGUCACAUUCGUUGUGACCCUUUCCGCAUGUUCUUCAUUGGGUGCAUUAGAUUUUGGGAGAUGGGUUCAUUCAUGUAUUGGUAAUACCGGUUACGGGAGUAUUAUAGAGGUUAGCAAUUCACUCAUUGAUAUGUAUGCGAAGUGUGGAGCACUUGAAGAAGCAUAUGAGACAUUCAACGGGAUGAAAAAUAAGACUACAGUAACGUGGAAUACGAUGAUUUUGGGACUAGCAAGUCAUGGCUGCGUAAAUGAGGCAUUGGUUCUCUUUUGCAAGAUGUUAGAACAAAAGCUCUGGGCACCGGAUGGUAUUACUUUCUUGGUGGUUUUGCAUGCUUGCAGCCAUGGAGGGAUGGUUGAUGAAGGAAGGAGAUUUUUUGAUGUAAUGAACAAAGAGUAUCAUAUCCAACCAACAAUAAAGCACUAUGGGUGCAUGGUGGAUAUUCUGGGUCGAGCUGGGUUUGUUGAGGAGUCUUAUCGAUUAAUAAGUAGUAUGCCAAUGCAGUGCAAUGCCAUUGUGUGGAGAACAUUGUUGGCUGCUUGUAGGUUGCAUGGAAAUGUUGAACUCGGAGAGCAGAUUAGGAAACAGCUUUUGGAAUUGGAACCAGAUCACAGCAGUGACUACGUUCUUCUAGCAAAUGCGUAUGCAAGUGCAGGGCAAUGGAACGAAGUUAUGAGGGUUAGAAAUUCAAUGCAGAAGAGGGGGUUCAGAAACCUAAACCUGGUAAUAGCGUUGUGGGCAGGCAUCCCACUCCUGAAUUUUGUUGGGAGGAUGCGGGCUUCUGGUGGUGAACUUUUGCCUUAUACGAACACAAUGGUGUUUUCUCUACCACCCAAUGUGUAA